AAAUCAUUACUUUGCGACCAAAAUGGCUUCACAUUGGGAAGAAUUUUAUGCUACCCAUUUACCCCCAAGUGAUUUCGAAGAUAAUCGCAUGUUAUUAAAAGAAUUUUGCGAUAGACACAACAAAUCCGGGGAUAGAAUCGUUUUAGUUACCAGUGGUGGAACAACUGUUCCAUUAGAGCAUAAUACGGUUAGAUUCGUCGAUAAUUUUAGUGCUGGGACCAGGGGGGCUGCGUCGGCUGAGUACUUUUUAGAACAUGGUUAUGCAGUAAUAUUCAUGCACAGAUUGAAAUCUUUGGAGCCUUAUACUAGGCAUUUCAAUGGGCAAAAAUUUAUGGAUAUGCUGGAAUUGAAUGAUAGGGGACCAAAUACAACUAUAACAGUUAAGCCAGAUAGCGUAGAUGUUUUAGCACCAAUUUUAGCUAAUUAUAAGGUAGCCCAAGACAAUGGUAAAAUCCUUUAUGUAACUUUUACAACCGUUUCCGAUUAUUUUUGGUUAUUGAGAUCGGCAUGUGAAUGCUUACAACCGUUGGGAACAAAAGCACUGUUAUAUUUAGCAGCUGCCGUUUCUGAUUUUUAUAUUCCUUCAAAUCAAAUGCCAACACAUAAAAUCCAAUCUGGAGCUGGCGCUCCAACAAUCUCUUUACAAUUAGUACCAAAGCUUUUAGCACCACUUGUGAGUCUUUGGGUACCUCAAGCCUACGUUGUUUCGUUUAAAUUAGAAACUGAUGAAAGUAUUUUGAUAACGAAAGCUCGUGAUUCUUUAAACAAAUAUAAACACAAACUGGUUAUCGGUAAUAUUUUGCAAACACGGCGCCAAAAAGUCGUUUUUGUAACCCCCGAAAGUAGCUAUGAGGUUUCUUUAACAAGGGAUCAAAUGAUGAACGCUAUGGAAAUUGAAGAUUUAAUUGUAUCUAAUAUCGUUAUUGGUCAUUCUGAUUAUAUUGGAUCCUUCAAGUAUUAAAA